UUGUCUCAGGUGUUAUGUGGUGGCUUUAUUACAAUAACAGCAGCGGGCCCAUCAUAGAAUUAGAAACUGAAAAAGAAAAUAUGAAAUUAUUAUGUGGACUUUCUAUUAUAUCUACAGUUUUUGCGGUGAUUCUAAUUGUCCUGAUAGUGUUAUUAAGGAAGAAGAUUCACUUGAUUAUUCAGCUCUUUCAGGCUGCCAAUAAAAUAAUUGGCAAAGUCCCCUUUUUGUAUUUUCAACCUAUUUGGACGUUUAUAAUACUUAUAUUAUUCUGGGUGUUCUGGGUGGCUGUGCUCCUUAGCUUAGGAACUGCAGGAGAAUGUAUGUGCAAGGUGUAUUUUCAAAUGCUGUUUUUGCAGUUUCUGGUGCCUAGAAAGAUUUCUUGGAUAUUUAAACCAG